CGGACCGUAGUCGGCCGCACUCUUGACUCUUCCGACGCGUCAGUCUUAUUCGGCUCUCCGCGGCACCGACGUCGCGACCUCUACACCCCGCGUGCACACCACACCAAGAGCUAUACCCAUCGCAUCGCUUCAAAAUAUACACGACACAACUACAUCUUAAACAGUUUGAAUUUCGCGCGCGAUAACGGUGUGCACAACAUAAUAUUGUUUUAAAAUUGAUAAUAAUAUUAUUUACACGUAUUACGACGGUUUCGCCAGCGGCGUCUGAUUAUUUUGUCUCGAGACUGUUUUCGUCGCGUUUUGACACCCACCAACGCGGGUGGAGCUGCUGCUGCCACGGCUGAUAUUGUCAUGCACCCGCACCCGCGGCGAUUCGCCUAUCUGUCGGCGGCGCUGUCGCUGGUCGUGGUGAUCAUGGCGGGUUGCUCGAGCCCGGUCGCGUCGCUCAAGUGCGAGGGCGGCGGUGACGUCAACUUCGAACUGCUCACCGGGUACGCAGCCAGUCCGGCGGCCAAACACGCGAUGCGCGAGCAGUUGGCCCUGUUCACCUUGCCACAGUGCAUAGACGCCUGCAAGUUGGACGACCAAUGUGCCGCCAUCACGUACGAGACGGGCGCCUGCGUGUCGUACGCCGCCGUGCCGCAGAAGAACGCCAACGCAGAUUUCCCAUUGAAACGAUCGCAUUACCCAACUCACACUGCAACGGUUGCUCGGAAAAUAUGUGUCCGGACACCAAAGUCAUGUUAUCAACGGUCGUGGAGUUUCGAUACAAUUCACGGGGAACUGAAAGUCACAUCUAAGCAACAUUUCAAAGCUAUUUCACGGUCUGGUUGUAUGGACAAGUGUUUAAACGAGAAGAGCUUCCAAUGCAGGCAAGUCUAACUUACGUAUAUAGCGUACUUUGUAGGUCAUAUUAAUCAUUAUUUGUGUAUGAGAAUUUAUGUAAAGCGUAUGUGUGCGUUCUCGUAAUUUAAUAGUUAAAAAUGUUAUCCAUAGAAUUUUCUUUUCUAUAAAAUAUCAUAGCGAAUAUUAUUAAAAAUAGUAGGUACACGUCUG